UUCACAAAUUAUAUAUACACAAAUAACGCUUUAUGGACGCGUAUAAUACUUUAGAGAAAGAAAAUCUUCAGUCUUUACUGUUCACGGAAGAUAAUUACGGAAAAUGUAAGCCUCACUAUAAAAUUAAUGAAUAGUAGCAAACAUAGUUCGAGAGGAAAAGUCCCCUUUUAUGAUCUUACGAUAGUCAAUACAACUAUAAAAUGCACCCCCUUCAUUGUCCUGAUGUGACUGAUCGCUUGACUAUUUCUUGUUCGGAAGGGAAGGAUGCAAAAGAGCGCAGCCGUAUUCGCGUCGGCGUGUAUCCCGCGCUUGUAUCUUUGCGCAAUCCUCUCAGUAGCGAUCAACUUCCCGUCCUAUAACGAUGUACGGAAACUCUACGCAGAAAUCAAACGAUGUCGCGACUGUCUACGACUAUGAGAAAGACAUGCGAUUCAGCAUUCAACUGAAUCGUUGGAUAUUAAAACCAAUUGGAGUCUGGCCGAAAUCAGCCGGGGUUUCAUGCGGAGAAAAAUACGUUUCUGUAUUAAUAAACAUAAGUUGCAUCAGUCUCAUCGCCUUUCUGUUCAUACCCUGCGCAACUUUCGUCACGCUCGAACUCGAAGACACAUAUGAUACCAUAAGGCUCUUCGGACCAUUGAAUUUCUGUGUAAUGGGCGUCGUCAAGUAUUCCUCGCUGAUCAUCCGCGAGGGUGAUAUCUACAAAGGUAUCGAAUACGUCGAAAAUGACUGGACAAAUACUCAAUAUUACGACGAUCAAAUCAUCAUGAUGAGAAAUGCAAAGUUCGGUCAUCGUCUUGUGGCGAUAUGUGUAUUCUUUAUGUAUGGAGGUGUCGUGUUUUACUAUCUUGCCUUGCCAUUCAGUAGCGGCAAGAUCACAGAGGAAGACGGAAACUUGACGUAUCGACCUCUGAUGUUUCCGGUCGCCAGAGUGAUCGUCGACGCGCGAUACAGUCCCAUCAGUGAAAUUUUCUUCUGGAUACAGUGUUUAUCGGGUUUUAUUCUUCAUUCUAUCACUGCCUGUGCUUGCAGUUUGGCCGCCGUAUUCGCGAUACAUGCUUACGGCCGCUUAGAAGUUUUAAUUCAAUGGAUCGAACACUUGGUGGACGGAAGGGAAGACUUCUGUGAUAGUGUGGACGAAAGAUUGGCAAUGAUUGUGCGACAGCACGUCCGAAUUUUAAAUUUCAUAUCCCUAACCGACAAAAUAUUGCGUGAAAUAUCUAUGGUAGAAGUUCUAGGAUGCACAUUAAGCAUGUGUCUUCUUGGAUAUUCUAUUGUCACGGAAUGGCAGAGUAAUGAACCUGCAAGUAGUGCUAUGUUAACUAUGUCUGUGAUAAUAUUUUUCAUUAUUUCAAUUUUUACUAAUUCUUAUGUCGAACAACUUUUAACAGAUCAGAGCAUUAAGGCUGGAUUGACAACAUCUACGAUAAAUUGGCAUUGUCUUCUGUAUAAAAACCGGUACAUUCUCACAAUGGCGGUUUCAAAUAUUCCAGAAAAAAUCUCCGCAAGCAGAAUGAUAAAAAUAUCGCUACCUACAUUCAGUAACAUAAGUAUAGAAGCUUAUCUACGCAAUUCUAACUACGAGAACGACAUAAGAUAUACCAUGCAAGUACACAGAAUAAUCCUGGGAUUGAUCGGCGUGUGGCCAAUUUUGGAAAAGCCGCGGCUUCAUAAAAGACUUUUGAAAGGACUCCUUCGAACGGUGUGCUGCUUUUUGCUGUCCUUCAAUCUGAUACCGUGGACUUUAUAUAUGAUUCUGAUCUUGGAUACGUUCAAGAGCAGACUGAGGAUGAUCGGCGCGUUCUGUUUUUACGUUAUGGUGCCCGCCGUGUAUUUCACGCUUAUGUUACGGGAGAACAGCAUUAGAGAAUGCGUGAAACACAUAGAGAAGGAUUGGCAAAAUGUCCGAAACGCGAACGAUCGUAGAAUUAUGUUGAAUCGGGCGAAAGCCGGGCGUUUCAUCGUCAUUAGUACCACAAUAUUCCUGUUUACCAGCGGCUUUACUUACCGUCUGAUACAACCGAUAGUCCGUGGCAAGAUCGUCAUCAAUGAAAACGUCACUGUUAGACCGCUGGUGCAAGGCAAUUACUACAUCUUCUUUGAUCCACAGCAGAGUCCCGCCUACGAAAUCGUGUUUUCGAUACAUUUACUUACCGGUAUCGUUGUAUAUGUUGUUACUACGAGUGUUUGUGGCGUCACCGCGUUGUUUACUAUGCACGCUUGCGGACAACUCGAGAUGCUGGCCACUUGGUUGGAGAAUCUACCAAAUGAAGCUCUGUGGUCCAAAAAGAGUCACGCUGUUGCUCGAAGAUUGGCAACAAUCAUCAUGCAUCACAUGAGGAUACGUAGAUUUUUACAUCGCAUACAGCAUCUAGUAGAAGAAAUGUGUUUUAUCGAGAUUAUUGGCAGCACUUUAAUAUUGUGUUUGCUAGGAUAUUACGUGAUAACGGGAUGGGAACGAAACGAUGCACUCUCCUUUUUAACAUAUGCCAUAAUGCUUACAUCUUUUACUUUCAAUAUUUUUAUAUUGUGUUAUAUUGGGGAAAUUUUAAAUACUCAGGGGAGUAAAGUAUACAUAACUUGCUGCACGAUCGAUUGGUAUUGUCUACCUAGUAAACAAGCUCGUUAUCUUAUCUUAGUGAUUGCUAUGGCCAAUUAUCCUACUAAGCUUACAGCGGGUAAAGUGAUGGAUCUUUCAUUCAGCAGUUUCGGCGCUGUUAUUAGAACCGCUAUGGCUUAUUUAAACUUGUUGCGGACAGUCACUAUAUAAUCACACAAUAUUACGUAUUAUAUGUGAGAAGUCGUGUUUAUAUAAUUAUAUUAUGAUAUAUAGGACAUAUUUGUAAUUCAAAUUUUUAAAUGCAUUAAUCUAAAUUUGCUU